AUGGCUACUCCAUCCACGGAAGAGACCAGCAUCGUGGAUCCCGACGGUGACGUUAUUCUCAUCCUCCCUAACGAAUGUGGCCUAUCUCCAAACUCGAGUCAAAGGCCAGCUCCCACUCGCUUUAAGGCCUCUUCAAAGCACUUAACCCUGGCAUCGGCUUUUUUCAAAGCCCAGUUCAGCUCGAACUGGCGGAAGGGUCGAGAGCUUGGGGAGAAUGGCACUGUCGCGGUUCAUAUCUCGACCGCUGACCACGACUCGUGGACGAUGAGCAUCCUCAUGAACAUGAUCCACGGCCGGCAACGGCAUAUUCCAUUUAGUGCUGUGGAAGGUUGCCCUGGCCACUGA